AUGGCCGCGAUUACUACAACUCCUUUCACAGAAAACCAACCAAAUGUUGGUCUUGAGAACAAAGCUGGAGAGAAAGAAUGUGAAGAAUUUAGCCAAGAAUGUAAGAGCUUGCUUCGCUCUCUUCCCAAAGAGAAGGGUUGGAGUGUUCCUUACAUUUAUCUCUAUCAGGACAUUUGGUUUUCACCAGCUCGAAUCCAAGCCAUAUACACUUUUCAAAAGCAAUUCCAAGCAAAAGAUAGUGAUAUUGUUAUAGCUUCCUUACCAAAAGCUGGCACUACUUGGUUGAAAGCCCUUGUUUUUGCCAUAGUAAGUCGCAAUCGCUUCUCUCCUUCACAAAAAAACCAUCCUUUACUCAUCUCCAAUGCCCAUGAUCUUGUGCCUUUCUUUGAGUUCCAUCUUUAUGACAAAGAGAAGAAUCCAGAUCUCUCUAACUUGCCAGAACCAAGACUUUUCGGCACACAUGUUUCAUUUCAUUCUUUGCCUGAUUCAAUUUCCAAGUCCAAAUGCAAGAUAAUCUAUAUAUGUCGUAACCCCUUUGACAAUUUCGUAUCUCUGUGGUUUUUCAAGAAUGCAGUUGCAGCAUCAACAUCGCUCAGAUUAUCUUGUGAAGAGGCGUUAGAGAGGUAUUCCCAGGGAAUCAAUGAGUUUGGUCCAUUUUGGACCAAUAUUUUGGGUUAUUGGAGAGAGAGCAUAGAGACACCAGACAAGGUUCUGUUUUUAAAGUAUGAAGAUUUGAAAGGAGAUAUCAAGUUCCACUUGAAAAGAAUUGCUGAGUUCUUGGGUUGCCCAUUUGACUCGGAGGAGGAAGGCAAUGGUGUUAUUGAAAGCAUUAUUGAGCUGUGUAGCUUUGAGAAGAUGAAGGAAUUGGAAGUGAACAAGAAUGGAAAAAUAUUGGAAAAGUAUGAAAACAAGGUCUUCUUUAGGAAAGGUGAGGUAGGUGAUUGGGUUAAUCAUUUUAAACCUUGGAUGGUAGAGAAAUUGUCCAAAGUGGUAGAAGAGAAGUUGGGUAGAUCUCGUUUAUCCUUCUAA